AUGGACUUCUCACAACUUUCCCCUGCCGAAGCCUCCGCCAUGGAGCAAAUUGUCGCCCGCAAACAGAUGCGCGAUUUCACAAAGCUCUAUUCUGGCCUAGUAGAGCGCUGCUUUGGCUCUUGCGUCGAUGACUUUACCUCGCGUGCCCUGACUACGAGGGAAGAAGAGUGUGUGGACAAAUGCACGAUGAAAUUUCUAAAGCACAGCGAGAGGGUGGGAGCAAGGUUUCAGGAGGAGAAUGCAAAGAUGAUGGCUCAGCAGCAGGCAAAGUAA